AUACUUCGGCUUUGAAAUCUGAUUGGUCAUCUUCUGACUAGUUCACUCGUUAAAGGUAGCCAUGCCAAUGACACAGGCGUAGACCGUCAAGCUCGAUAAUGCAUUUUGCUUUGGUCCUAAUAGUUGCUGUUGGAGUACACGGAGUCGCCGCUGAGGACGAGUGCGUUCGCAUUAUACGUGAGUAUCAUGAAGACGAAUAUGAAGAGUUAGCAGCGGAACCCAUGAAAAAUCCAGGAUUCCACCGCUACGGAUAUAUGCUGCCAUGUGGAGGCAUUGUUACUUCUGUCGAGGCUCGCGGGUUUUGUGGCAGACCCGAAAAUGUUGAAAUGCGAUUGACAAGUGGUGUAAGAGGAACAAAGUAUAGUUAUCAUGAUGUGACUAGUCGAAUAUUAUUGCCCGCAACGUGCAACAAAACCGCGAUGGUUGGCAAUAAUUACGAAGGGUACGUCAGCGCCACCGGUCUAAACAUCACUGUCCCUCGCAGUGGUACUCUGGCGAUGCACUUGAACCUGGAAUGUUCAAUUGGUGAGGCAAAGUGUUACUUUCAGCCAGCAGUUAUUAAUGAAACCAGCAAAUAUGAUGUCGUUUCUGCUGAUAGCCACUUGGUAUGGUCUCACACAAUAUGUCUCUCUCCUCUUCUCUGCAAACAUUACAGAGUUGGCAGAUGGGAAUAA